CUCAACAGAAAAUCUUAUAUUAUUGUCAAGUAAUUGAGAAUACCUUUACUUUCUUUUCAAUCCUGAAGUCAUAAUUUGCGUCAAAAGUGUUUAACAUUUAUUUCUUGAAUAUCUCUCGUUAACGACAGUUGUGUUCAUUUGCUUUUUUACACUCCAGUGAAGAAUAUUAAAGGAAACAAAUGGCAGAGAAAAUAAAAUGCGGUCCAAUAGUGGAGAUGCAGGGUGAUGAGAUGACCAGGAUCAUUUGGGAUCUCAUCAAAGAAAAACUCAUUUUCCCGUUCAUUAACGCUGAGAUCCACUUCUUUGAUUUGGGCGUUGAGAACAGAGACGCCACCAACGAUGACGUGACCAUCGAUUGCGCCAAAGCUAUACAGAAAUAUAACGUUGGCAUCAAAUGCGCGACCAUUACUCCCGACGAGAAGAGAGUCGAAGAAUUCUCACUCAAACAGAUGUGGAAAUCUCCGAACGGAACCAUUCGUAAUAUAUUGGGCGGCACUGUCUUCAGAGAACCGAUUCUAUGCAAAAACAUUCCACAAGUGGUUCCCGGAUGGAAGAAACCCAUUAUCAUUGGUCGUCACGCUUUCGGCGAUCAAUACAAAGCCACUGAUUUUGUUGUUCCCGGAAAUGGAAAGUUGGAGAUAAAAUGGACGCCCGAAGCGGGCGGAGAGCCCAUCAGUUACACUGUCUUCGACUUCAAAGAUGGCGGAGGGGUUUCGUUAUCCAUGUAUAACACAGACGCCAGUAUUACGUCGUUCGCCGAGGCGUCCCUUCAAUACGCUUUGAACCGCAAAUAUCCGCUUUAUAUGAGUACUAAGAAUACAAUACUGAAGAAAUACGACGGAAGGUUCAAAGAUAUCUUCCAAGACAUCUACGAGAAGCAGUAUAGGACUCGUUACGAGGCGGCGGGCAUUUGGUACGAACACCGGCUCAUCGACGAUAUGGUGGCGCAGGCGUUGAAGUCAGAGGGAGGGUUUGUGUGGGCGUGCAAGAACUACGAUGGUGAUGUCCAGUCGGAUUCGGUCGCUCAGGGCUACGGCUCACUCGGAAUGAUGACUUCGGUGCUCAUCUGUCCGGACGGGAAGACCAUUGAGGCGGAAGCAGCGCACGGGACGGUCACUCGUCACUACCGAAUGCAUCAGCAAAAUAAGGAGACCUCAACCAAUCCGAUCGCAUCCAUCUUCGCGUGGACUCGCGGUCUUCUCCAUAGAGCGAAACUCGACUCCAAUCAACAAUUGGCUAAUUUUGCCGAAACCCUGGAAAAGGUUUGCGUCGACACGAUUGAGGCCGGCUUUAUGACCAAAGAUCUGGCCAUUUGUAUCAAAGGCAUGGAUGGCGUCACGAAAGCUGAUUACUUGAAUACUUUUGAAUUCCUCGACAAAUUGGCCGAUAAUUUGAAGACAGCGUUGAAGCGAAAGUGAUUUCAAUGCCAACACUUAUCGAAAUAUUAAACUAUAAACUUUUCACAAGAAGUUAAUGUAAUAAUGAAAUCUCAAAAUUAUUUAAAAAUUAAUUUUAAAUAUUUUAUUUGAAAUCAGUAUUUCUUUUUAUAAUGCAAUUGACUUUUUUGGACGAAUGGAUAAUAAAAUAAUGAAUUUUAUACAAAA